GCAGUCGAUUCUCGAAUCGUAGCCCACGCAUGUCGCGGGUGCGUCAGUCGAACGCUCGAAUCAGUUUUUUUUGCCUGUAGGGCGACAAAAGCUGCGCGAAACGUUGUUUUCCGUGUGUUUUUCGCCCAGGGGGGACACGCGACGAAGAGGAACGGCCACUUUUCCGACGAAUUAUCGCCGACAAGCCCCGACGCUCGACAUACGACCGGAAACGCGAAAAUCACGGCUCGCAACGGGAACAAUUUUCCGUGUCAGGUGUCAUCGAACCGCCACCACGUGUAGAGGCGUCACAAUACAAAUAAAUAGUAAGCGCGCUGGCUGGACGCCAACGCGCGCCAUUGUCGCCUCUGAAAUUGGAGAUGUACAUUCCCAAUUGAGCCGGAUAAUCGUGAGAAUUAUCCAACGAUCUUUCACAAACCACGAGUUCUGUCACGGUGUCACGGCGCACGAGAAAAAGUAACUGCGAAAUAGUCGUUGCGCUCCGAUUGGGAUGGUAGUAACUCGCACCUGCGAAAUAAUAAUUGAUGCUACCAAGGCAAGGAAGGAAAUUAAAAAAAGGUGGUACAAAACAUAUUAUUCUUCACGUACUAAAAUAUAGUCUAGAUCGAUUGAUUUGAUGCGAGAUGUCAGCACGAAGGAGAAAGAUAUAAUAUAUUGGACUCGAGUUAACCGAGGGAAACGAUCGCUUCUGAGCUGAAGAACAAAAUUAAAAACACAUGUGGUAGAAAGCUGCAACCUCAGCAUACCAAAACACAAUCUAGAGCAAUCAAAUCCACCCAAGUCACCGCGAUGGUAUAGAGUUUUCGUAAAAGAAUAAACCGAGGGGAACGAAGGUACAACGAGGAGAGGCGACCAAGAGACUUUUUAGAAAUUUAACCGAAGACUGCGGAGGCAUUUGAUUUAUGUCGUGCACGUUCGGUGGCACAUGCAUGACGACACCGGCAUGACUAUGUCGGAAAUGUGACCGCUGUCUAUAUGCCGUCUACACGUAUGACGACAUCUGGGGUGUCUCGUCGAGAUUUUUUCAGACGUGUCUCGCCGAGUCCACUUCGCGUCUACUACGGUCGAUGAUCUCUCAGGCUUUUCCCUUGAUACUUUUCCCACUUUCUAACAAGCCUCAGUAUCCCUCGAAAACGUUGAAAGUGUGACAAGAGCGUAAUUAAGGGGACUGAUGCAUCCCUGAGAUCAGACUCGGGAGAUUAUCGACAGAAACUAUUUAGCGACGCGGAGAGUUUGCAAAUAUUUGUGAAAUAUUUCUUCUUUGAAAGACUGGUAUAAGAGACCAACUCUGUGUUAUUUUUUUUUAAUUCAAUAUGUGGGCUCCCGUAAUUUCUAUCUUGUGGACCAUCGUGUACAUGGUGCAACGUAAAAUUACGAUGAAAAGUAUCGUGUAUCCCUCGUACUCGGAAACUGCAGAGGCUCACAGGGCUCUGGAGCUGCUGGAAGAUUACCACGCCAAGCUGACGAGGCCCCAGGACAAACAGCUGCGAUUGGCCAUCGAGCGUGUCAUCCGUAUCUUCAAAAGCAGACUCUUCCAGGCGUUGCUGGGUAAGAAGUUGAAAUUAUUAACCCGUGUGACCUCGUUCGGGAGUCUCAAUUUUAUGUGAGUUUUAUCAUUUUUAUUCUACUCUAAUUCUUUCGUUGCUACUACAACACGACUACAUUAUUGACUUCUGUGAAUUUUAUACACGUCUACGAAAUUAACGUUUACGAUUUAAUAUCUUUAAUAUUACCUACCUCACAAAUAUCCACAUCUUCGCCAAAAUUUUCACAAACAUUUCUCGAAAAAUAAGCUCUUAAUAUUCCUCGUAAAUAUUCCUAUCAAUUAUUUAGUAUCCCCCCAAAAACCUACCUCUUUUUACGCUAAAAUUUCUGUUUCAUAGCACGCCGCGAGAAAUGUCAUAAUCUCGGUACAGACGUUCCGCGGAACAGACUGACAAGCACGUCGCGAUGCCACGUACACAGCAUUAUCAUAUAUUAAAGCGUAUCAGACGUCGCGUGCAUCAGCGUUCGUGCAUAAUUCACGCACGACGCGUGCACGGAAGACUCCGGAGCCGUUUUUCCAAGGCAGCCUCUUGCGUUAUGCUUUCCUGGCCUCGCGGGGGUAUCCUGACUGGAGAACUGAAAAGAAUCGGCCGCGAUCCCAUAAAGGCUUCGAAUGCAUCCGCCGCCCGCUGCCUUCUACCUCGUUACGCGCGCAGAAAUAUCGACGUUGGCGGGGGAGGGGGUGGUAGUUCAAUGUCUACCCAUUCCGCCCUAAGGGUAGAAUUUUUUCCUCCACCUGUGUCUUUUCACCACCCCCGCGGAAGCCGGUCCAUUGGCCUCGCGAAUGCAACGGGUAAUUCCAGCGCGAUUCAUCAAAGGUAAAAGCUUGGUGUGAAUAGAGGGGGCCCAGGCGAUGCGCGGAGUUGCGGGAUAGUGGGACGGUACGACGGGCGAAAUGAAAAACGGAACAUCAAAAAUAAAUGCGCGAGGGGAAAAAAGAGAACGUCUACCGGAAACCGUUCUAACGCGCGAAUUGCGGUGUUCUUUGUGCUCGCGCUCGCUGCGCGCAUACGGAGGACGUUUCGUUCUCUUCGUGUUCCUCGUACGGGGGGUAUGUAAAGUGGUUGUGUAAAUGACCAUUAUCUUGUUGCGACCUCCGGCAAAUUGUGUGGAAAAGUGGGCGCCGGGAGGUUUCUUUUCUCGUGUGGCUGCUUUGGCACCAACUGGACGCUUCCAACCUUUUUCACUUGGGCCAAGAGUGGGAAAUAUUUGUGAUUUUUGAGAGAAAAGAAAGUACAAGACGUUCGUUCAUGAAAUGAUCGGUUUUUGCUUGAAAAUGUAUUCCUAUUAACCCAUUCACUGCCAACUACGAGAUGUCUUACUCAAGGGAUAAGCUUAUAGCCUUUUGAGUUACGAAUUAUUGCAAAAGAAGAUCAUAAAUUUACUUUUUAAAACAACAAAUUUAAUAUCACUUUUUAUUAUCAAAAUAAUAAUUUAGAUUACACAUCUGUAUUAAAUCUUGACGUCCAAGGCAAAAUGCUUUUUUGCUUGGGAGUAAAUGGGUUAAUGGUUGCAAACAGUAGUAGCACUCAGAACUUUUCAUUAUUAAUCAUUCACCAUUCAAAUAAUAAGUACCCUACUGUAAUCGACAAUAGAAGCGUACCGAGGACAACAAACUGCACGAAUUGUUCAUUUACAAUGUAACUAUACAAUCGUACGAAUUUGUAAAUGCCAUUCGAGAUAAAGGCAGACCGAGUACUCGUACUUGAAGAUGAAUCGUGUUAAGCUCCCCAGUCACAGAAAAAUUGGCAAAAGAACAAAGUGCUUUGCACCACAAUGGCGUCAGCUUUCUGAAUACGGGCUCAUUAAACCGGUGAAACGCAGCCAGCGAUUCUUCUCUGACAUUCAUUGUGGUCGCGAUGCAUCCCUCUCGAAGAAACAAGAGUUGAACUUGGACGAAUUAAAUCACUGCCAUCGAUUCGUACCGAUGAUAAACAUUCAAUGACAGCAAUAGCAUUCAUGUGCGUAUCAUUCUGCGCUGCUGAGGGGUGUAAACGCUCCGUUGUCGAAGAUAACCGACAUUUUCCUGUUUAUUAUCAAGCGAAACGAACCAUAAAAUACAAUUACAAUGCAAGAGGGCGCGAUCGCAGCUCGCGCAGCGACGGUUAAUUCAACCAAUUUUCAUCGUUCCGAACCAAUUACCGAUAAAAUUCAAUUGCGCUCACGCGUAACAAAACCCCGCGAGUGUUGCAGCGUUUCUGGUCUCAUGUAAAUUACUCUGGACUCCUCUUUUUUGCAGCUGUCUGAUCUAGAAUUUCAUUGUUUGUUGCGUUGCAGUAAGAGAGCAUUGUGAGAUCAUUGUACAGCACGUAAUAGCUUUUCUCUCGAAUUGCUGCCAACAAAUUCAUUACUGAUGAAAGAAUAAAAAAAAACUCGUGAAGAAAACUGAUGGAAAUACAAAAAAAAAAUGUUAAGUAAGGAGCACUACCAGAUCUUUCCAACAAAAACUCAUUCUUUGCAUUGCCCUAACGCAAAACAGAAAACCCUUUCUUUAAUCAUUACUCCUUUGAAUUCGAGCAACUUCUACACCGUGGCGAAUCCGAUACGACGAGACUGGAACUGGCUCCCGUCCCACUUUUUCCGCUCCUCGAGCAGCAACUUAUCGAGUCGGACAUCCGAGUACAAAGUACUUCAUUUCGCUUCAGCAGGGACAAACGGGGGGCCAAGAUAAUCGGGGAGGAGACUGGUUGGAACAUCGUCGGAAACUUCACCCUGUAAAUACGAAAAACGAACAUUGGAGAACACUGGCGAUACGGCGGACUGUCCAGAGAAGAAAGUAAUAAAGGAGAACUGGCGGUGCACUCUCUGCCGCGUCUCUGUGCAUAGUUGCGUCUCUUAAGUUACGCUGGUUGGGAACUUGCUGACUCGGUUGCGGUGCGUUUAAAUCUUGGCAAUGGGCUUCCCGGGGCUCCGCUAUUUUCCAGGGCCACUUUAUUACCUGGAAUACCGUGGAAGCUCGUUAGGAAAAGCUUCGGCUAGUCGGCGUCCAAACGAUGAUUCAUCCUCGAAUUACCUGGCCACAUUUCUCUCUCUCUCUCUCUCUCUCUCUCUCUCUCUC